ACGAUAUUUCAGCGCCACUCUUAAUCACUGUCGAGCAGCAUUUAAAAGUUCGGAAUAACAAUAGCACAUCACAGUACGCAACCGGUAUUACUGUUGUCAACAAGUGUUUAUCAGUUUAAUUAUUUAGCCUAAGUUGUGCGAUGGCAAACAAUAAUAGCGUUGACAACGAAAUCAAGGCUUCAGCCUUGGAUCUCAUCGGCAAUACGCCUAUAGUAGCGCUCGAUCGCCUUCACCCUGGCCCCGGAAGGAUCUUGGCGAAAUGUGAGUUCAUGAAUCCAGGAGCAUCUAUUAAGUGCCGGUCAUCACUUUGCAUGAUCAAGAAAGCGUUGGCCUCUGGUGAACUGAAACCUAAAGAGCCAGUUGUGGAAGUGACAUCGGGAAAUCAAGGAUGUGGACUCGCCGUCGUGUGUGCUGUAUUGGGUCAUCCGCUAACGCUUGCCAUGUCAAAAGGAAACAGUGCUCAAAGGGCCAUACAUAUGGAGGCUCUCGGGGCCAAAUGCGUAAGAGUUCCGCAAGUGGAAGGCACGUACGGAAACGUGACUUUGAACGAUGUAAAAGCAGUGGAGGAAGUAGGCCUAAGAAUUGUAAAGGAAACCGGCGCAUAUUAUGUGAAUCAGUUCAACAACGACGCCAACUCCGAGUCUCACUACCAAACCACAGGACCUGAGAUAUGGAGACAGACUGGACAUCGUGUUGACGCAUUUGUUGCUACUGUCGGUACCGCGGGCACUUUUACUGGAACUACAAGGUAUUUAAAGGAAAAGAAUCCAGAUUUGAAGGCGUACGUUGUUGAACCUGAAGGUGCUCAACCAAUAAGAGGACUGCCAGUCAUAAAGCCCCUUCAUCUCCUACAAGGGUCAGGUUACGGUUGCGUUCCGAAUUUAUUCAAACGUGAGUACAUGGAUGGCACCCUGAGCGUAUCUGAUGAGGAAGCGAUGGAGUAUAAAAAGCUGAUUGGCGAGAAAGAAGGUUUAUACGUGGGCUAUACAAGUGCUGCUAACGUAGCAGCGGCCGUCAAGUUGCUGAAGUCUGGACAGUUGCCUGAGGAUUCGUGGGUAGUCACCAUGCUCAAUGACACCGGCUUGAAAUAUACUCCAGUGCCUGAAGAGUUUACGUAAAUUCUUUAUAAAAAUACUUAUACUUCUACAAAUGUGCUCCGUGUUUAUCAGUUUGUACAUUUUUUGUUAGUUUUAAACCAAUAGUGAUCUGGUAAUUUUAUACACUAAUAAAAUAAUGCAUUCAUAUCUGAUAUGUAAUUUGUAUGAAAAUGUUCCAAAGAAUCGCUGUCCGAAACAACCCAGACCUUACAAAAAAUGUUUACUAUGAAAACAAAAAAAAAAACUGUAA